UAAAAAAUUCCUUUUAAGUAAGGACGGUUUACAUAAUGGGUCAAGAUCAAAGAGAUCAGCUAUGCAAUUUAAAAAUCCGCAUCAGUGAUGCGUGAUUCACGGAAAAGGAAUAUAUGGCCAACUACGGAUGCUGGCAGAUCAUUCAACAAUCGGUUUGUAUGGAAUGAAUGUGCCUACAAGUAGACGAACUCAAUAUUAGGAAUUUUCAAAGAAGAAUCAUAUAUGCACAUAUAUUCCAAGCUCAAGCUGCAGCGACAGGUUGUUUCCAACAAUGUACUCUCACAUGGGUCAUAUUAUUAUGAUUUUUUAAGCUCAAACAAUGCUUAAACUCCAUCUAUAAAUUCCUUAAUCCAUUCUACGAUGUUCGUCAGUCUCUUGAAGCUAACAAAUUAAGAACCAUAUAUCCGAAGAAUUAAUUAAUUCUUGAGAAAUGGCUUCAAGAACUCUAGUCUCCACUGCCCUUCUUCUCUCCUUGAACCUUCUCUUCUUCACUUUAGUGAGCUCUACCAAUUGUCCACCACCACCAAAACCUAAGCCUAAGCCAUCGCCUAACCCAUCAACUGGUGCUUGUCCUAGAGAUACCUUGAAACUGGGUGUAUGUGUUGAUGUUUUGAAGGGUUUGUUGAAUGUUACAGUUGGUAAGCCACCAAAGACCCCUUGCUGUAGCCUCCUUGGCGAUCUUGUUGAUCUUGAAGCCGCUGUCUGCCUUUGCACUACCAUUAAGGCUAGUCUUUUGGGCAUUAACCUAAAUCUUCCUAUUGACUUGAGCUUGUUGCUUAACUACUGUGGAAAGAAGGUUCCUGAAGGAUUCAAGUGCGCAUAAAUUUAAUCCAUUAUUAUUAUUUUCAAUAUUUUUUCUCAUUUCAUUCUUGCAGCUUAACAUCCUUUGUUUCUGGUGAUCAAAAUCAUUUUUUAUUGUUUACACGGCAAGAAGGGCAUCUCGCCUUCUUCUAUGUCAUUUUCUGUAUUGUUUUAUUUGCAAUUAGUUAAUGAAAUGGAAUAAGAAAAAAUUUUUUCA